AUGACCAACUACAUCGUUGUCUUCACCGUUCCGAACAACAUCUCAGAACCCGUGAUCUGGGGCAUGCUUACCUGCUUUGUCACCGGAUGCGCUUCGUGCGUGAGCGGCAGCAUAUUUGAUCCCUUCGAUUCAAACACAUUGGUAUCGCCGAAGCCUGAGCUGAUGGGUAUGACCAAGGACGGCCCCGAUGGCAUACAAAAGAUCUGGCUCUGGUCUCGAAAGUCACCCGUACCAAAACGACACGCGAAGGAGAGGGUGGAUCCGAGAAGACAUUUGCAAUCACACGGGGACUACAUGGCAGCGGAUAUCAAGUAG